AUGGAGAGCCAACCACAACAACGGCGGACACAGACCAUGCCGCAACCACGCAGCGAGCGAUGGGGUCCCGAAAUCUAUGUGCAUCUUGAAUUCAGGGUCUCGUGGGGCGGCAAGAAGCAGGAGCCUUCGAAGAAUCACCAGGUCACGUACCGAUCUCGCAACGCAAGGGAACGGUCACCGGCAUUCCCACGACAGGUCCCGGCACCAAACACCAACUACCUCGCGGCCAUCCACAGCUUUGACCAGAGGCAAUCGAGGAUCCGCGAGGCCCGGCAAAGCCACCCUCUGAGGCACCACCAGAUGCAGGAGUACUACCAACGAGAGCAGCUUGAACAAUCAUCACGUCAACGACAACAACAACAGCAACAACCACCAACCUCCUACCUCCAAGUCCCCAUCAUCCGGGAACCGCAGCGGCCAACACGAGCAAACGCACCGCCGUCUUACGAGAGAGGCCGCUCAGCUCCGCCACCCAUUGGCGAGAACCCCUGGGACGUGGCCGUACCUCACGUCCAAGUCGGGGGGGACUCAGUCGUCACCCCUUCCGACCGCAACACCAGAGAGAUCCGGCGCAAGCCUCUACCCGCGCCCCCAUCAACGUUCCGUCUCGGUGACGGCGGGCAACCGUGGUCGACCUGGUCACUACCAGACGGCUAUGACCCAGACAUGCACCCCAAAGACGAGGACGAUGUCGGCUACCGCGGCUAUCGCGGCCGCAGCCGCGCCCAUGACCACGAUGACGACGACGACAAUGUGGACGACGACAAAAACUACGAGGACAUCCCCGUCAUCUCAGCCCCCGCCGACCGCAACUCAACCACCUUCGCAACCAACCCCACGAUGGUCUCCACCUUCUCCCCCGAGCCCGUCCUCCCGCGCGAUUCCGCACUCACCACCACCCAACACCCAGACGCACCACCCCCGACCCCCGCCCACGCCCGCGACCUCGAAACCGGCCGCGCCAAGGAACUCGGCGCCCUCUCCGCGGCCAUGAUGACCGUCGACAACGGUUUCGAGACACAGUGGUGGUACCAAGGCCACCGCGACACCGUGCAUCUCGAGUCGGACGAUCACGAGCCGGAGCACGAACCGGAGCCGCGGACCCCCGACGAGAGUCCCAUCCACCGUUGGUCGCUGACCCCUCUCGGCACGAUGGAUAACAUCGCCGCGUCCAUGUCCAUGUCGGCCACGGCCAGCCCGACUGAUCUGACGCUGAUGCAUCAGCAGUUGCAGUUGCAUCAGUACCAGCAGCAGCAGCUACAACAGCAGCGGGGCCGAGGGCGAGAGCAGCAACUGGAGGAUGAGGAGCGGUUACCGGCUGGCGUUGUUUCACCGAUGAGCGAUAAUGCGCUGAGCCCGGCGAUGGUGCCGGCUUCGUUGUUGCAGCGGACGCUGUCGACGAGGUCGGAGGAGUUGUGGUUGCGGGAGAGGAUCUAG